GUCUGCUGCGACCGCUUGGAUAAAUUGGUGCUAGACGCCGCAUUCAUUGCAAGCCUAGCAAACCCAGUGCUCGCAACGAUGCGCAGCACUAUCAUGCUGCUCGCGGUGCAAUGCGCGCGGGCAUUCGUGGCGCCUGGUGUGCGCAGGAUGGCUACCAGCCUUUCAGCAGGCGACGCCAUGGCCGUCGACGCGGCGACGACCUUCCUGUUCCCGGGCCAGGGCGCCCAGAGCGUCGGCAUGGCCGUCGAGACCUGUGAAAGCGUGCCGGCGGCGAAGGCCCUCUUCGACGAGGCGAGCGAGAUCCUCGGCUACGAUUUAUUAGCCAAGUGCGCCGAGGGCCCCAAGGCCGAGCUCGACUCGACGGCCGUGAGCCAGCCGGCCAUUUUUGUUUCGUCCAUGGCGGCCGUCGAGAAGCUGCGCGCCGAGUCGCCGGACGUCGUCGACAGCGCGACCUGCGCCAUGGGUUUAUCAUUAGGCGAGUACUCGGCCCUCUGCUUCGCCGGGGCGAUUUCGUUUGCGGACGGCGUCAAGCUCACGAAACUUAGGGGAGAAGCCAUGCAGGCCGCGUCGGACGCGCAGCCCUCGGGUAUGGUGUCCGUUAUUGGUCUGGACAAGGGCAAGGUCGCGGACUUAUGUAAAGCGGCGGCGGACGCGACGGGCGAGCCCAUCGCCAUCGCCAACUUCCUCUGCAACGGCAACUACGCGUGCUCCGGCAGCAUGGCCGCGGUCGACAAGGUCGCGGAGCUCGCCAAGCCCGAGUUCAAGGCGCGCAUGGCCGUGAAGCUGGCCGUCGCCGGCGCCUUCCACACGGACUUCAUGGCGCCGGCCGUCUCUGCUUUAUCGGCGGCGCUCGCGGACACGGACGUCCAGGCGCCGCGGAUCCCCGUCGUGUCCAACGUCGACGCGGCGGCCCACGCCGACCCGGCGGUCAUCAAGGACUUGCUGGCCAAGCAGGUCACGUCGCCGGUCCUCUUCGAGGACUCCGUCGCGAACCUGCUGGGCGCGGGCUUUUCGCAGGGCUACGAGCUCGGCCCGGGCAAGGUCAUCGCGGGCAUCUUCAAGCGCAUCGACAAGACGGCGUCCGUCGAGAACGUCGUCGUGUAA